AUGUCUAAUUUUGUUUCAUCUCCAGGGAGGAUUCCUUCAGAUUCAGCCCAGUUGUUACACUCAUCGCAACCUCCAUCAUCUAUAGGAAGAUCUGGUGGAUUGACACCGCAGACGGGUUUCAGCGAGCCUGGCUUGUCUCAGAGUACACCAGGACCAUUUGCAGAUUCCGGUGUUAAUGGUGGUUUUGAAGGGAUACAUCCUGCAGCAGCGACUGCAGUUGCUGGGAGAAGAAGACAAAUCGCUGUUCCAAAAGUUGUAGAUGUCACUGGAGAAAAGGUAGGUGAAAGUUUUGAACUGUUCAUUGAGGAGUUCACAGACCCAGACAUAGACGAAAGUAGCGACCAAUGGAAUAAUAGGGUAUAUCUUGCCCAGAUUGAGGCAAUGAAAACAUAUGAGACCAGCACUUUUUAUGUCGACUAUCAACAUUUGCUUCUGAGAGAGAAUGGUGUUUUAGCUUCUGCUAUUCUUGAACAGUAUUAUAGGUUUUCGCCUUUCUUGUCGAAGGGAUUAAGAAAAGUCAUUAGGAAGUAUGCGCCAAGCUUAUUACAUACGAGCUUGUUGUCUAGCCAAGUGGACGACGAAAACAGUAGAGCAAAUAAAACGGAGUCCUCGUCAUCUACUGCUCUGUCCAAUGCAAAUGAACGUGUAUUUCAGAUAUCAUUUUAUAACUUACCAACCAUCAAUAGAAUCAGGGAUAUCAGAACUGAAAAGAUUGGAUCUUUAAUGGCAAUUCUGGGAACUGUCACGAGGACCUCCGAAGUAAGGCCAGAACUAUACAGAGCUUCUUUUACUUGUGAUAUGUGCUCAGCGAUAAUUGAAGGGGUGGAACAGGUGUUCAAAUAUACUGAGCCAACAUCAUGUCCAUCUUGUGAAAAUCAAUCAUAUUGGACUCUUAACGUGGCGAAAUCACAAUUUAUCGAUUGGCAAAAGGUUAGAAUACAAGAGAACUCGAAUGAGAUUCCAACCGGUUCUAUGCCUCGUACUUUGGAUGUGAUUUUAAGAGGUGAAACAGUUGAAAGAGCAAAGCCUGGUGAUAAGUGUAAGUUCACAGGUGCUGAAAUCGUUAUUCCAGAUGUUUCUCAAUUAGGACUACCGGGCAUUAAAGCACAGUCAAUUCGGGACAACAAAGGCGCCAUGUCUUCUGAACUAAGUUCGAGUGUGACAGGUCUUAAGGCUUUGGGUGUUAGGGAUCUUACAUACAAAAUCGCUUUUUACGCCUGCCAUGUUUCCUCCAUGACAAAGCGAAUCGGUAGCGAUGGAGUGGACGAAAAAGAGGACUUGGCCGUGGACUUUCAAGGGUCCAAUGAACAGGAAAUUUUUUUGACAUCCUUAACUGACUCUGAAGUGGCCGAACUUAAAGAAAUGGUGAAAGAUGAGCACAUUUAUAACAAGUUGGUCCAAUCUUUGGCCCCAGCUGUAUUUGGACACGAGGUUGUAAAAAAAGGGAUAUUACUACAAUUGUUAGGAGGAGUUCAUAAGAAAACGAUUGAUGGAAUUAAUUUGAGAGGAGAUAUAAAUAUUUGUAUCGUUGGUGAUCCAUCUACUUCAAAAUCCCAAUUUUUGAAGUAUGUCUGCGAUUUUUCUCCUAGAGUGGUGUAUACUUCAGGAAAGGCCUCGUCAGCUGCUGGUUUAACAGCGGCGGUUGUGAAAGACGAAGAGAGUGGUGAGCAUACUAUCGAAGCAGGUGCGUUGAUGUUAGCUGAUAAUGGUAUAUGUGCAAUAGAUGAAUUUGACAAAAUGGACAUCUCUGAUCAGGUUGCUAUUCAUGAAGCGAUGGAACAACAGACGAUCUCAAUUGCUAAGGCUGGUAUACAUGCAACUUUAAAUGCUAGGACUUCUAUUUUAGCAGCAGCAAACCCUAUUGGUGGAAGAUAUAAUCGUAAAGUUGGAUUAAGAUCAAACUUGAACAUGACUGCACCAAUUAUGUCAAGAUUUGAUUUGUUUUUCGUUAUUUUAGAUGAUUGUAAUGAGCGAAUUGAUACUCAGUUGGCUUCUCACAUCGUUGAUUUGCAUAUGUUACGUGAUGCCGCCAUCAAUCCCCCAUAUUCAGCUGAGCAGCUCUCGCGGUAUAUAAGAUAUGCCAAAACUUUUAAACCAAAGAUGACUAAAGAAGCUAGAGAUUAUUUAGUUCAAAGGUACAAGGAAUUAAGAAGUGAUGACGCUCAAGGUUUGAGUAGAUCAUCAUAUAGAAUUACUGUGAGACAGUUGGAAUCGAUGAUUAGAUUAUCUGAGGCAAUUGCCAGAGCAAAUUGCACAGAAGAGAUAACCCCUAGUUUCGUUUCAGAAGCAUACGAUUUAUUGCGACAAUCAAUAAUUAGAGUUGAAAUGGAUGAUAUCGAAGUAGACGACAACGAUAAUGAUACAAAUAAUGCAGAGAGUCAUGAAGAUGCUGAUGACGGAAAUGGAAAUCUUCCUGACGAUAACCAUAGUCAUAUCAAUGAGAGCGACCAAUCUAGAUCUACAAAUAAGAGUUCCACAGUCAUCUCCUACGAUAAAUAUGUAUCAAUUAUGAACCUUAUGGUGAAGAGAGUAUCUGACGAUGAUAGCUCAGGGGGCGAAGGUCUAACUGCUGAAGAAUUAGUAACUUGGUACUUAACUCAAAAGGAGGAUGAUAUUGAAACUGAGCAAGAGUAUUAUAAUGAAAGAAAAUUGGCAUAUAAAGUCUUAAAAAGAUUAGUGAAGGACAGAAUCCUUAUGAGUGUUACUCAUAAUGCUAAUGAUGAACUACCGAACGAAGGAGACAAUCAGACAGCCACAAAAACAGUAUAUAUUUUACAUCCCAAUUGUGCUAUCUUGGAUUUCUUUGACCACGCCAGACCAGAAAACGAACAAGGCUCGUUAUGA